AUGGAUAUUGCUUGCUAUCUAUUCUUAACCCACAGCUUUUAUACACAAGAACAGAUGAAAGCAUUCAAAAGCCUUCAAGCGUACAAAUAUUUCGAGUCCGGGUUCGUCUUAAAAAUUGGAGCAAAAAUUACACACAACUGCUACGUGCUAGUUGGAAAGAUCAAACAUUCCGAAGCCGAAGCCAAGCUGCUUGAUGUUUGGAGUAUUGUUUCAAGGGAUGGGUCUAUAUCUACAGCUCAUUGCACCUGCAUGGCUGGUAACAGUGAGGUUUGUAAUCACAUUGCAGCAAUGCUUUUUGCUGCUGAAUAUGCCUAUAGAAAAAGGAAUUCAAUCUCAUGUACUGACUUAACGGCUCCGUGGCCUAUGCCCUCUUUAUCGACCACUGUGCCAAUAGUGCCGUUAAGCGAGAUGGACUUUGGAAAACCAUCAUCAUCUACAAGUCAAGUUGUAUCCAUUAAAAAUAAUGCCAUAGAGAUGUUGGAUAAAAUGAAGAGCCUAGGGAAAACGGCAAGCCUUAUGAGAGUGGUAGAGCCUUUUGCCAGUGAGAUCCAUGAUCCAUUCUAUUAG